GACUUUCCCACCUGAGCCCCGCCCCCUUUUCCGUGGGUUGCGGCGCCCAUAAAUAGCCGGGGCGGGUCGUCAUCGGCAACCAGCGGAGAAAGGACGUCGUUCGCAUUUGGGUUGAAACGCCUCUGCUCCUCCUCAGCCGGCCUCCCUGAAGCGCCAAUUGUUGCUGCGCCACAGAAACCCAGCGCCGCUGCCGUCGCCGCGAUGGCUCAGCUGACGAUCAAGGCCUACCUGCUGGGCAAGGAAGAGACCACCCGCGAGAUCCGGCGCUUCGCCGUCGACCUUCCCGCCCGCUACCAGCCGAUCCGGGACAAGGUCGCCGAGCUUUUCCAGGGGCUGCUUCGCAAUUCUGCCGCCGCCACGGGAGCCUUUCAGAUGUACUAUAAGGAUGAAGAUGGUGAUAUGAUCGCUUUUUCCAGUGAUGAGGAAUUGAAGUUGGUUCCACCUUCUGUGAAAGCUGGAUUUUUUCGGAUUUAUGUUAAAGAAAAAAAGGAGCUUAAGCAUGUGAACCGUCAUUCCUGCAACAAGGAGCAUUCUCUAAACCUCGUGCAUCCUAAUGUGAUCUGUGAUGGUUGUGAGGGCCCAGUUGUGGGUGCAAGAUUCAAAUGUGCAGUUUGUCCAGACUAUGACCUGUGCAGCACUUGUGAGGGGAAAGGUGUCCAUAAGGAGCAUAACAUGGUCAUGUUUCCAAGUCCAUUCCACCAGCUUGAGUGGCUUCUUCAGGGCCGGUGGCUUCGUAAAAUGAGACAUGAUGCUUGCUCCUUUCCCUGGUUGCGCGGUAGGGGACACCCACGUUUUGCCCAUCAGCACCAGAAUUCUGGCCAGGCACAAGCCAGUACUACUUCUCAAAAUGAUGCUCCAGAAUGUGAAACCACUAGCAAUGAAGUUCAAGAUUCCAGUGUCAACUUCCUGAAGAAUGUUGGAGAAAGUGUUGCUGCAUUCCUGGGUCCACUUGGCAUUGAAGUGGAUAUUGAUGUAGAACAUGAGGGUCAAAGAAGCAAAGUAUCACCUGCACAACCUAGUUCUGAGAAGAGCUGCUCCAAACCUAGCAGUCCUACUGAGCAAACCAAACCAGAAGCAAAUUCUGAAAAUAAUCCAGACAUAAGUGAUGUUCUUGCAAACCAAAUCCAGGAGAUGAUAGUAUGUUCUCCACCUGAACAGAUGGAAGAAGAGAAUAUUUUGUCACAGGAGCAAAGUGAAUCCAGUGGUAGUUCAGGGGGAGAUGAGGACUGGACCCAUUUAUCUUCAAAGGAAGUAGACCCUUCAACUGGUGAAUUGCAGUCAUUACAAAUGCUAGAGGAAGACAGCCCAAGAUCUCUAAAUCCAGUUGAAAUUCCCACUAAUCCUGGACCAACAGGCUUGCGAGAAGCUGCGAUCUACCCUCAUCUUCCACCUGAAGCGGAUCCUCGCCUGAUUGAAUCCUUGUCCCAGAUGCUCUCGAUGGGAUUCUCCGAUAAUGGAGGCUGGUUGACUCACCUGUUGCAUUCCAAGAACUACGACAUUGGGGCAGCCCUGGAUGCUAUCCAGUAUGCCAAGCAACCAUCCGCUUCCAAAUAGCUCUUGUAUAACUUGUAGUUCUUAACACACAUUGUUAAAGCCUCUUUUUAUACCUUUCUCCUUUCUGUAAUCUGAUUGUAAUUCCAUAUUCUUAGAUAUCAUAAUCAUGCUAACUUUCCAAAUUUAGUUCGUUCUUACACACUGAGUAAGGUUUAAUAUGUACACAAGAAAUAGAACUAGCAUAAAGUUAUGGCAAGUUGUGGCAAUGGUACGGUCAGAGGGCAAGGGUAUAUUUUCUUUUCACAUUGAUGAAUCUUCCAUGUUUAGUUACCAUCAUGGAGCCAUUUGAUUGUUAGAAAUUUUAUUUUAGUGCUUCUGUAUUGAAUUUAUAACAAGUUUGUUUAAAUAGAGGCAUAUCAAUUUAUUAAAAUAGAGACCAGUAAUAAUGUUAGCUUUUCUAAGCUAUCACUUGUUCAAAGAUUUGAUUUUUGUAAAAAGCCUUUGCUUUCCAUGCCUCUUUAUCAAUAACAAUGGUCCCAUUAACAAUACAGCAUAGCUCCACAGAUAAUUAAAGCCUUUUUGUGCCAUGCCUAAAACAAUAUGACUGAAAUAUAAUCCACUUUAUUAUUCAACAUUGAAGUGUUUGAUUUUAAAUGCAGGCCAUAUUGCUAUUAUUUUAAACCAUCUCAGUGGAAAAAUCAGCAAAUCUCACUGAAGAGCCUUAAAUAUCAUCAUCAAAAUCC